UAACACCGGUGCUAUCGUACACAAAUAAAUAAAUACAUUGUGAUAUAUUAAGUGAAAGGGAAAUUUGUGAAAAUAAUAUGUUUAUUGAAAUGGCGAAAAUAUUCUUGUUUGCUGUUCUGUUUGUGUUUGUGGAGGCUGUGCCCAAACCUCAUCCCAGGUUAGGCAAGGAUGUAAUACAAAAAGUGGCAUGCACGAGUGCAAACGAGAGAUUAAGGAAUGAGAUCAUAGAAAAGUCGAAGUGCAGGGAACCAAAAGAAGUCUUCGUUUAUCUAACACCUCCAUCGGCGCACGAACAGGUGAUACCCAGCGCAGUUUGGGUCAAAAGGUGCGUCGGCAUCUGCGACUACGAAGCUGAGGGCUCCUCGUGCGCAUCAACUAACACGGUCAAGAAGGCCAUAUCCAUACGUAUAUACAACGUGAAGACAAAGAAGGAGACGUGCUCGACGUACCAAAUAGACGAGCAUAGAAGUUGCGGUUGCUGCAACCUCUCGUCGGGAGAAUGCGGGAUGUCGAGGAUAUACAAUCCUCGUAAGUGCACCUGUCAAUGUCCGAACAUGGAGGAGCGGAGGAAUUGUCUCCGAAAGCGGAACCAGAAUAUGAGGUGGAAUCGUUUUAAAUGCACUUGCGAAGAAAGGAGGAGAAGAAUACAGUGAUAUAAAUCCAGUUUCUAACAUAGACAGGAUUUAUAUCACGUAUUAAACGCGAAAGCGCGAUAGCAGUAGCAGGAAGGAAGUUGUGAUAGAAGAUGAAGAAAUGUACGGAGAAAAGAUCAGACAAACUUUUUCCUACGCUCAUGAAGUGACUGUGAGAUAAUAUUGUGAAACUUGGAGACUAAUAUGGGCUAACGUGGAUAUUUCUAGAAGAAUUGAUAGACGUCCACUAGAUGCAACGCAAAUUGGCGGCCGACUGACUAAAGUGUCUUAUAAUUAAUGUAUUAUUGAAAUUUUAGCAGUAUUAUUAUAUAAGUUAUUUAUUUUGUUGCUAGGGUAAAAUGGGGCCAAAUGUGCUGUGAGUUUUAGCUCGCUACUGUGUUCCAUGACUUCUUGAUUUUCCUAUAGAGAUCAUUUUUAAUUUAGUUAAUUUUAUGUGAAGUGCUAUUUGUCCUUUUUUUUGUUUGUGUGUUAUUAACUUAAGACAAGGUUUGCUUUCGAAUUUUUAUAUUUAAAUGUGAUUGUGCCUUAUAAUGGCGAGAUCGCCACUAAAUGUUGGGACCACUAUGUUUGGUGUUCGGUUCUGAAUGCCUACUUCUGCUACAUGCAGGCCUGUCCUAUAUAUAGGUGUAUGUACUUAAUUUUCUCAAUCGUCCAGUAUAAUUUUUAAUUCUCAGUUUUAGCUGUCUUUAUUAGUUCUAAAUUAACUAGUGCAUAUUUAUUAAUUAAUGUUGUAUUUAUGACAUCACUAUACAGUAUUUUAAGCAAUGUAUAUAUAUAUCGUAUAGUAUUGGUAUACAAGCGUACAAAGAUUACGCAAUUCCUAAAUUGUGAUAUAGUUAGUUAAAUUUCCAAUAGGUUAAUGUUUAAGUAGUUUAAUAUAUUUAUAUUGACAAAUAUUGAGUGUAUAGGUCUCGAUUUUUGAGUUGGCUCUCUCUCUAUGUAUUUAGUUAAUAAUGACUGUUUCCAAUUUUGGCCAUGGUUGUUGAGUUGUGUGCUCUCCUGUAUUAUCUUCGAUAGGAUUUUCGUUUCUUCCGUGUACGUAGAUUGUCUUAUCAUCGACUAGCCUAUCAUUUAACGUGCUCAAUUGAACGGAAGGCGACGUAAUUCCUAUCAAUGCGGGGAGUUUAUCACGUUCUGUGCGAUUAUGUUUAAUUAUCUAUGGGACCUAGUCUACA